AUGGGAUAUUGGCGUAGGAGAGGCUACCGCCGUCUCACUACCACGACCGAUGAAGAAGUUCCAUCAAGGCGACAAAAGUGGUCUUGGAAAAUAAGGAUGCCAUCAAAGCUGAAGAUAAAGCUAAGAUUUAAGCUUAGCCCCAAGAAGUUGAUAACUAGUGUCCAUGAUGCUUAUGUUAAUAUGAUGAUGAAGAUUGGAAAUUCGCGUGUUAUUAGUGGUGGAGCGAUAAGUGGAUCUGAUGGACGGAUCAGCCAAUUUGAGAUGAAAUCGGUUACAAAAUAUGACGAAAAAUUGAUUAUUCAGUUGUAUAAUUCGUUAGUGAUGAGACAAGCCCAACUGAUGGCACUAGACAUAAAUCCCCGGAUAACUGGUUAA